GAGAAACACCCGGAACCAUAUGUUCGGUGGUCUAUGUUGCAAUAGGGUACCAUUACCGGACGAACCCUGCUUGUUUUUAUUUUCAAAACAAACCAGCUUUCUACACCUAGCUGCGUUUUAUGUGACUUAAACCUCUGAGAUUAAUUUGUGACACAAGCUUCAAAGCGUUAUGUUGAUAUAUUACUAGCCAAAGAAAGGCAGUGUUUGUCACGCGGGAUUAGCUAUCAUUCUCGGAAUAGCUCUAAAGUAUUUUUAGCUAGGUGGCUAAUCUAGUCACGCAAUGGUAGGCUACAGCUAGCUAGAUUCUGCUAGCUGACGUUAGCCGCAUUAGCGACAUUACCUAAUGUUAUUAAAGCUAUGCGUAAUGUUGAAUUAGGUAACGUUAGCCGACACAUGCAUUUUAACGUACAUCCAUCUAACCGUUAACGUGUCGCUAUCUUACACCGUUAGACUCAGAUAUUUUUGGCUAAUUAAGUAACGCAGGAAAUUGACGUUAGGAUGUGACAACGAUGGACAAAGUUCGUUGCCAGUCGGUGUAAAAGGUUAGCUUCUGCUUUUCCGGUGAUGUCAUGCGUUACUUGAAGUGGUCAUUGUUGCAGAAACCCCUAUCCGCUUCACAGUGGUGAAGAGGUACACCACCGUCAGUGGGAUAUUUGGGCUCGUUUACCCGCGAGAUGCCUGGAAUCGUGGUGUUUGGUCGGCGGUGGGGGAUCGCCAGUGACGACCUGGUUUUCCCCAGUUUCUUUGAACUGUUCGUCCGUGUAAUCUGGUGGAUUUGCACAAUGGUCCUGUUCACUUAUCACAAGGGCCAUUUCGAUUGUAAUGGGAGGGGAUUCCUUCACAGCUAUCUGGUCGGACUGCUGGUUGUGCUGGCGCUCAUCAUCCUGUCACUGUGUGCGAUUGUCUACGUCAGUGCCCAAGGUACCAUUACAAACCCUGGCCCACGGCGCUCCAUCCCUGCACUGGUGUACCUGCGAGCUCUCCUGUACUUCCCCGAGCUGGUGUGGGCCUGUCUGGGAGCCGUCUGGGUGUCCGAUGACAGCAAAGGCUGCGAUCCUGCCACGGUGGGCGCCGUCAUCACAGCAGUGGUUGCCAGCUGGAUCAUCCUGCUGUUCACUGGGUUGGGCGUGGUGUUUGUGUUCGACCCGCUGGGCAACCCCCGUCCUCCGCCCGCUGCCAUGGAGCCGCUGGGAGUGAGAGACCUGCAGAGCAACGAAAGCACCCAGUUCCUCUCCACGGCUCGCUCCCUCGCCGUCAAGGUGUGGGAGAGCCGGCUGCGGCUGCUGUGCUGCUGUCUGCCGCAGGACGAAAGCCGCCGAGCAGCCUUCUCCAGCAUAUCGCAGCUCUUCAGCAGGUUCUUCUCCGACACAGACCUGGUCCCCAGUGACAUAGCAGCUGGUUUGGCCCUGCUGCACCAGGAGCAGGAUAAGAUGGAGCAGAGUAGGGACCCGGACGUCGUGGUCGAUCACAGCCCUUCCUCUCCCAUCGGAGAAGAUUUGGAGGCGGAGUUGGGGAAAGCAGCUCACUGCAUGCGGUUUGCCGCGGCAGCCUACGGCUGGCCCUUGUACGUUUACUCCAACCCCCUUUCUGGGCCCUGCAAACUCAGUGGAGACUGCUGCAGAAGUCGCGCAGCCGAGUACGACAUCGUGGGAGGCGACCACCUCGGCUGUCACUUCUCAUCCAUCCUGCACAGCACCGGGUUGCAGUACAGAGACUUCAUCCACGUCAGCUUCCACAACCAGAUCUAUGAGAUCCCGUUCUACGUGGCUCUGGAUCAUAAGAGGGAGGCUGUUCUGGUGGCUGUGAGAGGAACGCUGUCACUGAAGGAUGUCCUAACAGACCUGUCUGCUGAAUGUGAGAACCUGCCCAUAGAAGGCGUGUCUGGAGCUUGCUACGCUCACAAGGGCAUGUGCCAGGCGGCGAGUUACAUCUACAAGAAGCUGGUCAACGACGGCAUCCUGAACCAGGCUUUCUCCAUCGCACCGGAGUAUAAACUGGUCAUCACUGGUCACAGUCUGGGUGCCGGCACGGCCUCACUGCUGGCCAUCCUCUUGCGCAAUUCCUUCCCCACCCUGCAGUGCUACUCAUUCUCUCCACCAGGGGGCCUCCUGAGUAAAGCGUUGGCUGAUUACUCCAAAGACUUUGUGGUGUCAGUGGUGCUGGGAAAGGAUCUGGUUCCCAGAUUGAGCAUUCCCAAUAUGGAGGAUCUGAAGCGAAAGAUUCUUAAAAUAGUUUCAAACUGCAAUAAGCCCAAGUACCGCAUCCUGCUGCAGGGGUGUUGGUACGAGCUCUUCGGAGGAGACCCGGAGGACUUCCCCACCGAGAUGGACAACAGGAGGGAGGAGGAGCUGAGCCAGCCGCUGCUGGGGGAGGAGUCGCUGAUGAUUCGGCACUCAUCAUCCUAUCAGAGCCUGGCGUCGGAUGACUCGCCCGCCCGUACGGCCGCCCACUUACCUCUCUUCCUGCCCGGACGCAUUCUGCACAUCACAGAGGACGGGCCGUCGCGGAGAUCCUGUCUUUCCCAGGUGCGCUACCGUGCCGAAUGGUCGACUGAAAUGGCGUUCAGGAGUAUUUUGAUCAGUCCCAGGAUGCUCGCAGAUCACCUACCCGACACUGUGCUGCACGCACUCAAGAGUCUGAGCAGCGACAGGCCCUUCUCCCUCUGCCCGUCGUCUUUAAACGGCAACCAGCACAAUGCCAUCUGAAAGGCGUCGCAGAGGCCGACUCCACGAUCGGUUAACAUUUCGGGGCGCAAGAACUUUUCUUAAAUUGCACUUUUAAUUGUUUAAUUCAAACCAUUUGUUUUACUUCAACUCUGAGUUACUCCAUGAGCAACUUUAUGCCAUGAUCUUUGAAUGUGCGUUGUCCAUAGUAUAUUUGACAGUGCUGCAGUUUUACUGUAAUCAGUCAGUGUUCUACAUUUUUAUGUUUGUGUGAGUGCCGUCCGCCUGGUUAGAGGCUAGUCACUCAAAGUGUCAGAGGCUGUCUUCCUCAUCUGUGGGGAUGACUGAGGAGCAGUGGGAUCCAGGGUGCGAGGAUACAGGGGUAACUUUUUUUACCUCAAUGUGGACUGAAAGCAUUGUGUCUUCAUCGUGCAGUAACUGUGGUUAGUCUGUCUUGUGUUUAUCGUCUUGAAACAUCAGGGUGAACAGUGCCUAUGCAUUACAGAAAAAUAAGUCAACAGAAUUACUUUUACGGAAGAUGGCAGUGACGAGUGCAUUGUGUUUACAGUUAAUGUUCUUCAUUUCAGUACGAUGCAGUUUGAAUAGUGCAUGGUGUACUGCAAAAAAAAGAUGGAUGUAAAGGGUAAGAAAGAUUGUACAUUGUGUGGGAUUCUGUUUACUUGCCAUGGAUAUCACUUAUUGUUUCAGGGAAUGUAUGCUAUUUAAGUUUAAAUCAAAUGAUGCCUGUAUAACUAUUCCAAAUUCUCAAUCAAUUGCAAUGGACGCCUUGAUGCAAAUAAAAGCUCUUGCGAAGCA